GCUUUCAGUUUCAAUCGGUCGUUUGUGAGCGCAGCAGCUUAAGUGCGGACUACGCUACUUCGAGCUUGAACGUUUUUUGCACGAGUUUUUUCCUUACGUAUUUAUUCAUUGACAAAAACUCGAGUUGCGUUCCGUAUGUGUGUGUGAAUGCGCGCGUUUGUGAGGCCGCCUUUUGCGUGUAUUGUGCGAAUGUGUGCUUGUGUGUGAGCAGCUCCGGCUUUUGGCUGCUUUACAGAAUACAUUUUUCGCAAUUAAUUUGAAUAAUAUAUAUAUGUUUAAUUAAAAAACACUAACAAGAUUUUCAAACUCACACUAGCCCUGUUUUUUAUGUUCAAGCGCAACAGUUUACACAAACAAAUUCACCCAGACACAAACUAAACACUUAUUUACAAAUAAAGAUCCUUCCAAAAAAUCGCGUUAGACCCUUAUAGUGAUCGACCAUAGGGGGCGCUGCAGUUGCUCCCAACCAAAACGAAAAUAGCGGGUGAGCCUCAAGAACCGUUGCAUCGAAACAAAAUGGCCACGACAGCGGCUGCCGUGGCAGCCACCAGUGUCGUCGUAUUGGAUCGUGGCAAUAAUACGACAUGCACAAUCAACUUGCAUGGCGCCACAGUUGUGUCUUGGCGUGUUAAUAAUCAGGAACAGUUGUUUGUCAGUAAGCUGGCGUCGUUUGAUGGCAAAAAGGCGAUACGUGGUGGCAUACCCUUUGUAUUUCCUCAAUUUGGACCCUGGUCCUUCGGACCACAGCAUGGCUUUGCAAGAAUCACGCGCUGGCAUUUAGAUCGCGCACCUGAACGCUUACACAAUGGCGAUGUGGAGGCAAUUUUCUCGCUAAUGGACAACGAGUUUACCCGAUCUAUAUGGAACUAUCAAUUUCGCAUCACCUACCGGCUGAUACUGCGCGAGAAAGAGCUACACUUUCACAUUGGCGUCUAUAAUCCUAGCAAAGAUCUGAGCUUUACAUUCAACAUGCUGCUCCAUACCUAUCUAAAGGUGCCAGAUGUUCGACGCUGUCAAAUAACUGGACUACAGGGCUGUCAUUUUAUAGAUAAGACACGCGAGGGUGCUUUGUAUCAAGAGGGUCGCGAGGUAGUCACAGUCAAUGAGUGGACAGAUCGCAUCUAUCAGCAUACACCGCAGGAGCAUGUGAUUACCAAUGUGGUAUCCGGCCGUAAGAUGAGGCUACACAAAUACAAUUUUCCAGAUACGGUUAUUUGGAAUCCGUGGAUUGAUCGAUCACGUGAGAUGAGCGACUUUGGCGACGACGAAUUCCCCAAUAUGUUGUGCGUAGAAGCUGGCAAUGUCAGCUCACCAGUCAUACUGCUACCUGGCACCUGUUUCGAGGCCAGCCAGAUACUACAGCAAUUCAAGUGUCCCUAUAAUUUGCAGUUACCACCUGCCAAAUUAGUACAAGAAAAUGCCAUGCAAUUUAUCAUCAUCGAGGGCAAUGUAAGUCGCAAGACCAAACGGAAUCGCUAGCGUUUAAAGAAUCGGAACCCGUUGAGGUAAACCGAUUCGCAAAACAUUUGACUGAGAACCUGAAAAGUUUUCGAAAGGCACAGCAGAAACACAUACACAUUAGGAACACUGUCAGCUAUUUUGGAUAAGUGUAAAUCUUAAGUUCCAAAUCCACUAGCAAUAUUGAGACCCAAAAAAUUUUAAAUUGUAAUGGUUUGUAAACCUAGUGCUACAUGCUAUAUAUGCAAAACUUUAUUAAUCGCUCACAUUGAAUGGGUUCGUGUCGUGUCCAAGCUAAUUAAAUGAUAAACUAAAUGAAAAAUACUUAAAA